AUGAGGAGGCCGGCGGUGGUUGCGGUGGCACUGCUCCUGCUCAUCGCAUGGCAGCCGGCGCCGGGGAGGACGGCGGCCGCGAUGGACGAGCAGGACGAGGAUCCACCCGCCCGCAGCCUGCCGCCGCCGGACGAGCAGGACGACGAUCCGCCCACACGAAGCAUGCCGCCGCCGUCAGACGAGCAGGACGACAAUCCGCCUCUGCGAAGCAUGCCGCCGCCGCCGUCGGACGAGCAGGAGGACAAUCCACCUGUGCGAAGCAUGCCGCCACCGCCGCCGUCGGACAAGCAGGAGGAUAAUCCAUCCUGGCCUGGGCUUCCAUUGUUGCCGCCGCCGCCCCCGCCGGGCUCCAUGCCACUGCCGCCGCCGCCGCCGGCGGCGGAACCAGCAGCGCCGCCGACUCGCCCACGGCGUGCGCGGCUGCCGCCGAGGCAGGAUGAUCCGCCGGAACCUGAGCCGCCGGAGCUGCCUCGCCAUAGGCGGACGCCGAAGGAUCCGACGCCGCCACGGACGGUGGUGCCACCGCAGGAACCGGGGUGGGCCGCGGUGCCGCUGCCGAUGGCACCAAUGCCGGCUCCUGGGAGGCCGAUCAACUACAGCACCACCGGCUGGACGACCAUGCUGGUGUUCGGGGACUCGACGGUGGACCCCGGGAACAACAACCGGCUGCAGACGGUGAUGAGGGCCAACUUCCUGCCGUACGGCGCGGGCUUCCUUGGCGGCAGGCCCACCGGCCGGUUCAGCAACGGCAGGCUCAUCACUGACAUACUCGCGGAAAGACUAGGUGUAGCGAGGAGCCUUCCAGGUUUCCGCGAGCCAAGGUUGAGGCCAAGGCAGCUCAGAAGGGGUGUGAGUUUUGCAUCAGCAGGCUCCGGAUACGAUGAUGCGACCGCCAGGGUAUCGAAUACACUAUCAUUUUCCAAUCAAGUCGAGGACCUAUGGCGUUACAGAAGAAACCUCCAAAGAUUAGUGGGACCAAGAAGAGCUGGUCAACUUCUCAGGAGGGCUACAUUCGUCAUAAGUGCUGGAACAACCGAUCUGUUUAACCACUAUCUUGCCACAAACCGUUCAGGAACAGAGAGUUGGCCGCCGUAUGAGAACCUACUGAUAACACGUGUCGCUAACUAUACCCAGGCAAUGAGAGCACUUGGAGGAAGGAGAUUUGUAUUUGUUGGAGUGCCCCCAGUUGGGUGUUUACCACUUGUUAGAACCUUGCUAGGCACGGGUGCAGAAACAUGCCAUGAAAACAUGAACUCCAUGGCAACUUCAUUUAACAGAAGGCUAGGCGAAGUGGUGCGCUUUCUGAGGAACCAACGAGAUAUCAGAGCUACUUUUGUUGAUGUUUAUCCGAUCAUAAGCAUGGCGACAAUAGACCCCAAAAACUUUGGGUUGACAGAGACAUCAAGAGGCUGCUGUGGAACAGGGGUUAUUGAAGUUGGGCAAACAUGCAGAGGCCGAUUAACAUGCACAGAUCCCAGCAAGUACAUGUACUGGGAUGCUGUCCACCAAACAGAGAGAAUGAACCAAAUCAUCACUGAUUACGUGAUUAUGAAUUCAAUUGGAGAAAUUUAUGCCUAG